UUUGCCGAACGGGAAGUGUGAACCAGUACCGAGAAGUUCUCAUAAACACGUCUGUUGUGUCACAGACAGUCACCUGUCUGUCGGUCGGUACGGUGCCUGGACAGCCUGAAAGACAGCGGGGUUGGAGUCCGACGGAUUUUAGGAGGCAGACAGUACUUUGUCGUGCAGGCAACUAUGGGCUCCAUGUUUCGCAGUGAGGAAGUGUGCCUGGUGCAGCUCUUCCUUCAGUCCGGCUCGGCCUACAACUGUGUCAGUGAGCUGGGAGAGUUGGGCCUCGUUGAGUUUAGAGACUUAAAUCCCAAUGUGAACGCCUUCCAGAGGAAGUUUGUCGGUGAGGUCAGACGAUGCGAGGAACUUGAGAAAACAUUUACCUUCCUGGAGCAGGAGAUCAAUCGCUCCCUGUCUCCACCCUUGCAGGGUCCCCUAUCUCCUCCGUGCCCGACACCUUUGGCCCCUCAGCCCCGUGAACUCAUCACCAUAGAGGAGGAAUGUGAGAGGCUGGCCAGAGAGCUCAAAGAGGUCUCAAGAAACAGAGACAGCCUCCGGGCUCAGCUGACCCAGCUCUGUCAGUACCGAGGAGUCUUGACCAGGACACACUCUCUCACAGCCUCGCAGGCACCACCACCGCCUGUACUGGAAAGCCAGGGCCUGUUUGAUAACCGCCAAGAUGUCCACCUCAGUUUUGUGGCAGGGGUGGUCCAUCCUUGGAAGGUCCCAUCAUUUGAACGGUUGUUAUGGCGGGCAUGUCGCGGUUAUAUUAUUGUGGAUUUCAGAGAAAUGGGGGAUCGACUUGAGCACCCGGACACGGGGGAAAUGGUGCAAUGGACAGUGUUCCUCAUUUCCUACUGGGGAGAUCAGAUCGGACAGAAAGUCAAGAAGAUAUGUGAUUGUUUCCGCACACAGACAUUUGCAUACCCUGAGAGCACUGCAGAGAGAGAGGAGAUUCUCCAGGGACUUCAAGGCAGAAUUGAAGACAUUAAAUCAGUCUUGUCACAGACCGAGUCCUUCCUGCAGCAGCUGCUGAUGCGGGCUGUGGCUGUGCUGCCCCAGUGGAAGGUGCGGGUACAGAAGUGUAAGGCGGUGCAGAUGGUGCUGAAUCUCUGCAGCCCCUCCGUCACCGACAAAUGCCUGAUCGCUGAGGCCUGGUGUCCCACUGCCAAGCUGCCUGAGCUGCAAAGUGCUCUGAGAGAAGGAGGGCGGAAGAGCGGCAGUGGGGUCGACUCUUUCUACAACCGCCUGCCCUCCUCCACACCUCCCCCCACCCUGUUUCCCGUCAACUCUUUCACAGCUGGUUUCCAAAACAUUGUCGAUGCUUACGGAGUGGCCUCCUACCGUGAAGUCAAUCCAGCGGUGUACACCAUAAUUACAUUCCCCUUCCUGUUUGCUGUGAUGUUUGGGGAUGUUGGUCACGGUUUACUGAUGACUCUCGGUGCCCUCUGGAUGGUCCUUGAGGAAAAGGACCCCAAACUUAAGAACAACAACAACGAGAUCUGGAGGAUGAUGUUUGGAGGAAGGUAUCUGAUUCUGCUGAUGGGACUGUUCUCUAUCUACACGGGCGCCAUUUACAACGAGUGCUUCAGCAGAGGCCUCACUACCUUCAGCUCAUCGUGGCACGUCGGCCCGAUGUUUGAGAAGAACAUAUGGAAUUCAUCCGUCCUGGCAGAGAACCAGUACUUAUCCAUGGAUCCUGUUGUGUCUGGUGUUUUCACCAGCCCCUAUCCAUUUGGCAUUGACCCGAUUUGGGGGCUGUCCAACAACAAACUAACUUUCCUUAACUCGUACAAGAUGAAGAUGUCAGUCGUCAUCGGUGUCAUUCACAUGACUUUUGGAGUCUGCUUGUCAUUCUUCAACUACUGGCACUUUGGCAAGAUUAGCAGUGUGUUCUUUGUGCUGAUCCCUGAACUGUUCUUCAUGGUGUGUCUGUUUGGAUAUCUGGUGUUCAUGGUGGUCUUCAAGUGGAUCGCCUACACUCCUGCCCAGUCCAAAAUCGCUCCCAGUAUACUUAUCCACUUCAUAGACAUGUUCCUCUUCACAGACAACCCAGAGAAUCCACCUCUCUAUACAGGACAGAUUGUGGUGCAGAAGGUCCUGGUGGUGCUGGCCCUGUGUUCUGUCCCGGUCCUCCUGCUAGGGAAACCCAUGUGUGAAUACGUCUCAUUCAAGAAAAGACGACGUCAAGUGGAGGAAGACAGACGUCCGCUGGUGGCUGACGGAGGCUCUAUCAACACUCGUCAGGGGGAGGUGGAGGGAGGAACAGUUGAAGAGGAGGAGUUUGAUGCGGCCGACGUGUUCAUGCAUCAAGCCAUCCACACCAUAGAGUACUGCCUGGGCUGCAUCUCCAACACUGCUUCUUACCUCCGACUCUGGGCUCUCAGUCUGGCACACGCACAGCUGUCAGAGGUGUUGUGGGUGAUGGUGAUGCGUAUUGCCCUGAGGUGGCAGGGCUAUGUGGGAUCUGCAGUCCUCUUUGUGGUUUUCGCCUUCUUCGGUGUGUUGACCAUCUCCAUCUUGCUGGUUAUGGAGGGACUCUCCGCUUUCCUGCACGCACUCCGUCUGCACUGGGUGGAGUUUCAGAACAAGUUCUACAGUGGAACAGGCUACAAGCUGAGCCCUUUCUCUUUCUCAUCUCUGAUCAACGCAUCUGCCGCUAUAUGAUCGGCCAAAUGAUGAGUUAGGAUUGCCAAAAGGUUACGUUAACUUAUGUAUAUUAUUGAGUACUUGGACUACAACUACACACGUCGGAAUGACUUUGUUUCCCUGUCCUAACCAUGGUAUUAUAAUGUCUUUAGGCUAUGAAAUGGUUGAAUUCACUUGCACAAUGAUCAUGAUGGUUCCGACUGUUAUUUUUGCAUCAGCAGAAUGAAAAUGAGUCUCUAUAUAAUGAAUUACAAAUGCAUUAUAUAUGAAAUGAAAAAAAAAAUACUUUUGUAUCCCUUGCUAUUUCUUUCACUAUCUGUGUCCUGUACUGCUUUCUAAUUACUCUUUAAGUAGCUCAAAAAAUAGUAAUCAGUUACUCUUCACUGUAUGAACAUAUAUUAGAGACAUCAAUUAUAAAAAGGGAAACCACAUCAAUUAAUGAAUCUGUUCUGCAGUUUAAGGGAAUGUAUGAUUGUUGAAUUGGUGUAUUGUGCUUUAAUAAGCUGGUCCUGUAGGAUUCUUCAAAUUAUGGCAGGGAAUUAUCUGAAUGAUCUUCAUGAGCCAAAGAUACUUUUCCCCCUCAUUGUCAUGUCUUCCAAACACAACACAGGUAUUUAUUGGUAAUAAGUGUUUUGUAAUGUGCCUUACUGGGACUGAGUGCUUGUUUAUCCACUAAGUCUUUUGGACAGAUCAUAACAUCCAUUAUCAUGCUACUAUUUUAAACAAAACUCUGGCCUGGACAUUUAUCUGUUUGUUUGUUUUUCUGCCGGUUUGCACUGUAAAAUGAAUUGAAUUUGAACUGAAAUUAAAUAUGAUCUCCUUGUUUAA